CUUCAGCCUCAUCUCUCUUCUAGCUUCUCGGACAUGUCGGCGGCAGAGUUGGCAUCAUUACGGCGACAGGAUAGGGAGCCAGAGCCAGCAGAGCCUCUGCUCGUCGCCGAGAUGGCAGACGUGCGCCACUUCGCUCGACUUCUCCGUGGCGUCGGCCUCAAGCACAACGCGGCCAUGACUGUUUCGCAAGCCGGCUUCGAAGUGACCGUCGAGGAGGUCAAGAGUCUCUGCGCAACCGCAUGGAUCCCGACCAACGUCUUCGACGCGUUCAGCUGGACCGGCGAGCCGGCGUGCUUCGAGAUCUCACUUGACGCGAUGCUGCAGUGUCUUAACAUCUUCGGGAACGCUGGCGCGGGAGGAGGAGCGUUGCCAAGUGUAGGGAAGAGGAAGAAGCGAUGGGCGGGCGAAGGCGACGACGAGGAGACGGAGUGGCGUACCUCCAGAGCACGGAGCACCGGCAUGCGCAUGACCUGGACCGGACCGGGGUAUCCACUGAGCAUUAUUUUACGCGACGAUGCCAAGGGUCCCGUCACAAAGUGCGAGCUGUUCACACUUGAGCCUGAGGAGUUGAUGAACCAGCCGUUCAACGACGAUGAGCGCGCCGUGUAUCUUAUCAUCAAGGCUGAAUGGUUUCGCGACGCCCUUCUUGACCUGCCCCCCUCCUGCAGCCGCGUGACGCUUCGUGUCCUCCCUCCAGAGCCGGGCGCGCCUGUAGCUGAUACCUCUCGCCUGCCGCGCGAUCGGUCAAUGCGCCGCAACGCUGUUGGUUCAUUCACGGUCUACGCGGAAGGUGACUUCGGCAAUAUUCAGUUCGACUACCCCAACGAUCGCGAGGUCAUGGACUCGUUUGAGUGCAGCGCCAAGUGCGAGUACAGUUAUCACGCGUCACACAUCGCGCUUCUGGGCCGAGCGCUGCAGCAUGCGCUUAAGGUGUGUGUGCAGAUUGAGGAGGGCGGGUUUCUAUGUGUCCAGGUGAUGCUGCCAUUGCCUGAGGGGCUGGCCGAGGGCAUGCACAAUGGUAUCCUCGAGUUUAAGAUGCAUGCUCUCGAGGACGAGGAGUACGACGACUGAGACGCUCAGCGACGACUGGAAACGCAUGUUGGAGAGGCAGGACGAGCUACGAUUAAUGCGGCUGGAAAUGUCCGAGAUCUGUCUGUAUGUAUGCAUUUACGCGUCGCGCCGCUGAGAAGUAUGGACGAGGUGCAUAUGGCUAC